AUGGAGAUGACCGAUGAAGAUGGGAAUUCUAGAUUGCUGGGAGAAAUUUCACGAAAAUGUCUCCCUACGGAUUUUAUUUCCUCUCAAGAUUGGAGUUCCUAUAUCGAAAUUUGUCGUCAUUUACAGCAUUCUCCUGAUCUCUUAGAAGUUGAGAGUGGUAGUAAGGAAAGAAGUUGUCUCAUUCGCUUUGUACAUGCAUUUAAUCGACUCUACAGUCAGUAUUCACUGCUUUUUGACGCACUUGCAAAUGCACACGAAAAACAAGACGAUGUAGGUCCGACGAUCUCUGGCCACACUUCAAGGGAUGAGAACAGAUGUAAAGGUGAUGAUGAUAAAGAGAGAGAGAAAUCACGCAGAAGGCUCUCUUCUUAUGAUUCUUCCAGUGAAGGAAGCUCAGCCUCUCCAGAAGGUGGAUGCAUGCAAUCAAAAAGAGGAAGGAGCAAAAUAUCAAGGAAUUCGGGAGAUGCUUUUGAUUGUAUUGAACUUCAGCCUUCAGAAUCGUCAAUUUGGGUGAGCAAGGUUCAAAGUAGAACUAAACGAGCUGUUCUCUUGUCGAAAGGGCUACCUUCGAUGGAGGGUGAGAGAUUGCCUAUUGCCUUUGAGAUAGCGCUUCCGAAAAUUCAGCGCAAGAUACAGAAAAUCAUGACUGUCUGUCCAUACAUAGUUGAACCUCUUGAAAUAGCUGCGGAAUUAAGAGCUGCCAACUACGAUACCAAGAAAUGCAUCAAAUAUUUCGACAAAACAAAGCCUAUUAGGGAAGAAAUGCAUGAGUUCUUGACUUCUCAAGCUCUUAGAUCCUCAUGUUUUCUCGGCAUGACAGAGGAAGAAUUUGAGGAAUUACUUUUCCAAUAUAAAGAACGUCUGGAAAUUAUAAGAAAGUUCCAGAAAGACGCUGAAAGGCGCAUUCAACGCCUACAGAUCUUCAGUGGCGGCCUCGUGGAAGUGAUCAACCAAGUACUGGCAGAACGUGACAAUCAGCGCAAAUCAAUCGAAGGUACUGCGGAAUACUACCGAAGUCUGAACCAUCAGCUAAGCUCAUUAACUGAAGAAAAUAUCCAAUUACGAGAGAUUUUAAAGAAGCAAGAGGAACUAAGGAAGAUCCUCUUCAACAUGAUUCAGGAGUACUUGGGAAAUAUUCGCGUCUUCUGUCGUGUUAGGGAGAUUCCACAGACUCCAAACAUGCUUGCAGUUAAAUCUAAUGACACAGUCUCCUUGAAUUCUGAUUCAUCAAAUACUGAAGAGUACAAGUUCGACCGCGUCUUUAAUGCGAAUGCAAGUCAAGCGGAGAUUUAUGGAGAGCUGGUUCCGCUAAUAUGCUCCUUCAUGGAUGGAUUCAAUGUGUGUUUUAUAACCUAUGGAGGCGAGUCGAGUGGGAAAACGCACACCCUAAUGGGAAGCACCGAUGAAAUUGCCGAGAAUAGAGGUGUCGUCUACCGAGCUUUAAGGACUGUACUCCAAGAAAAGGCCACUCGACGCAAUGAAUGGGAUAUAACACUGAGAGUCGGUGUCGUGGAAAUAUAUAAUGAAAACUUUAUUGAUCUCAUCGGUAGUGAAACAGGGAUCAACAUUCGUGUGGACUCCGGAGUUGAUAAAAUGAUGGAUUCCAUUCAAAAUAUCGAUCUCGAAUCAGAAUCCCAAAUUGACGAAAUCCUCAGAAUGUGCUCCAGAAAGCGUAAAGUGGCUAAAACAGCUCUGAAUGACGCCUCCUCAAGAUCACAUUUAAUCCUCCUGGUUCGAGUUCAUUCUGUGAGUAACGUGUAUCAAAAGAUCUUGACUUCAGUUCUGGCAAUGUGUGACUUGGCUGGGUUUGAGAAUAUCAUUAAAGCGGACACAAUGGGUGACCGUGUAUUAGUGAAAGAGGCUGGAUUCAUAAAUCGAUCACUAACAGCCCUUAAUAGAGUUUUGACGUCCCUAAGGACCCAGAAUCCCAAAGCAGUAUCAUUUCGAGAUAGCAAGUUAACUCACUUAUUAAAGCCCUUCUUCAUCAAUUCAGGGAAAUGCAUUUUGAUUGUAACUGUUCGCACAGAUAAAGCGAGUCUAGCUUCAACUCAGGGGACCCUUCGAUUUGGAAGAGACACCAGAACUGUAAGCCUUGGACGUGCUAGAAAGCAAAUCAGUAUGGAGAAAUUGAUUCAAGAUAUCAGCGCAAUUUGA